CCAGCAGAAAACCGGUCUCUGAGGUUUUUUCAAAAUAUGGAACUUGAUUUUGGACACUUUGACGAACGAGAUAAAACAUCUAGGAACAUGAGAGGCUCACGAAUGAAUGGGUUGCCCAGUCCAACUCACAGCGCCCACUGUAGCUUCUAUAGAACCAGAACCUUGCAGGCAUUGAGCAAUGAGAAAAAAGCCAAGAAGGUACGUUUCUACCGCAAUGGGGACCGCUACUUCAAAGGGAUUGUGUAUGCUGUGUCUUCUGACCGUUUUCGCAGCUUCGAUGCUUUAUUGGCGGACCUCACGAGAUCUCUGUCUGACAACAUCAAUCUGCCUCAGGGAGUGCGUUAUAUAUACACCAUUGAUGGAUCCAGGAAAAUUGGAAGUAUGGAAGAACUAGAAGAAGGGGAAAGCUAUGUCUGUUCAUCAGACAACUUCUUUAAGAAGGUAGAGUACACCAAGAACGUCAACCCCAACUGGUCUGUCAAUGUGAAAACAUCUGCCAACAUGAAAGCUCCCCAGUCCCUGGCUAGUAGCAACAGUGCCCAGGCGAGAGAGAACAAAGACUUUGUCCGCCCCAAGCUCGUGACCAUCAUCCGCAGUGGGGUGAAGCCUCGGAAGGCUGUCCGUGUGCUUCUGAACAAGAAGACCGCCCACUCUUUUGAGCAAGUGCUCACUGAUAUCACCGAAGCCAUAAAGCUAGAGACUGGGGUCGUCAAAAAACUCUAUACUCUGGAUGGAAAACAGGUAACCUGUCUUCAUGAUUUCUUUGGUGAUGAUGAUGUUUUUAUUGCCUGUGGUCCUGAAAAAUUUCGCUAUGCUCAGGAUGAUUUCUCCCUGGAUGAAAAUGAAUGCCGAGUCAUGAAGGGAAAUCCGUCAGCCACAGCUGGCCCAAAGGCAUCUCCAACACCUCAGAAGAGUUCAGCCAAGAGCCCUGGCCCUAUGCGCCGAAGUAAGUCUCCAGCUGAUUCAGCAAACGGAACCUCCAGCAGCCAGCUCUCUACCCCCAAGUCUAAGCAGUCUCCCAUCUCUACGCCUACCAGUCCUGGCAGCCUCCGGAAGCACAAGGACCUGUACCUGCCCCUGUCCUUGGAUGACUCUGACUCUCUUGGUGAUUCCAUGUGAAGGAGGACGGAGUGUGUAGAAUCCAGAGUACAAAUCCAAUCCUACCACUAAAGUAGGAUACUUCACUCUGAAGUGUCCAACAGGGCUAUUGGUGCUUUCAAUUUUUCGUUUGUUGUUGUUGUUAUUUUUCAAAAACACACUGUAGUAUGUUGGGUUUAUUUUCCUGUGAUUUCUCCUCUGGGCCACUGAUCCACAGUUACCAAUUAUGAGAGAUAGAUUGAUAACCGUCCUUUGGGUAAUUUUCCAGGGAUGCCAAAUGUGCUAGUCCAUGACCUUUCUACUGAAUAUUUAGGCGCCUUCAUUAUUUUUCCUGUCUCACUUACUCAUACACUAUAGCAGUCUUCCUUCUGUAGAGGGCUGUUUACAUACUUAGCACUUAAAAUGUUUGUGUGGGGAAAAAAAUCUUAUUGGCGCAUCCAAUAGUGACAAACACAAGUGCCCCUUGUCUCCGGAUCUUAAUAAUGCUGGAGGCUCCCAGGAAGAUGGCAAGGCGGCUCCCCAGCCUUGCCCUUUACUCCUGGUUGAGCCUUAGUUUGUUGUCUAGCACCAAUCCUGUCUGUCAAGGGGUAGAAACACCAGCAACUAAUAACUAUGGCACCAGAUGCUUAGGACUGUGGGGGCAGGACUAGCUAAAAGAGAUGAAGCAGAAACUUCUAAGAUGUUUCAGUAGAAGUUAAAAAGCACAGUCAAUUCUUGGUCAACUUCUCCACUGGGGCAAUUUGGAAUCAAUAAAUAAUUGAUAAGACUUUGGAAUAAAGGAUGUUAUAUAUUUGAUUCAUCUAGAAAGCUGUCCAACAUACCAAGUUAUUACAAUGAACUGUACGGUAUCCAUCUAUCUCUGUUCUAUUGAAUGCCUUGUAAACAGCCAACACUGAAAACACUGUGAGAAUUUGUUUUCAGGUCUGACACCUUUCGGUCACUUUUUAUAGCAAGAAACCAAUAUCCUUUUUAUAAAAACUCAUGUCUGUAUUUCAGGAGCAAACUCUUCAGGCUCCUUUUUUAUAAACUGGUGAUUUUUCUUUUGUCUAAAAAACACAUGCAGAAAAUUUACCAAAAAAA